AUUUUUUUCCUUUUAAGUAGAAUGGCUGGACAAGGAACACCCCCGAAAGUUAUGCGCUUGCGCCCCAGCAUCGAAAAGCAUCGUUGGUCAACCGAGCAACGCCGAUCUGCUAAAAAGGAUGAAGUUUGCUCCAUCCAUGGAGGCCAAUAUUGGGAAAAAAAAAUGGAUGAGAUGAGGAGCCAUCUCAAUGAUGCUUUGGCGACACAAGCUGCCUUAACAAAGCAGUUAAUGCGGAUGGUGAGCGACAAGCCAGACGACAACUCCGCUUUAUUCCCCUUGGAGUCUGUGGAGGACUUAGUAAAGAUGGAGCAUAAGAUAACGCCGGACUCUAAAGAAUUUUAUAUCAAACGAAUGAACACCUUGCUGACCCAAGCGGCCAUCACGAAAACCAUACGAAAGGUUUUCUCAGAUGACCUGCUUGAAUCGCACAACGUAGAUGGGAAAAAUGGGAAGCUAAGCCUUAGAGCUUAUCCCCAGGUGUUAAGCUGCUUACUAGAAGCCAUUCAGAUGUCUGAAGGAGGACAGCCGGCGGAGAAGGUGCUCCGAAAUGCCAUCGGCUGCGAUGCCAAAAAUACAGUCAACAAAAUGAAGAAUCGACAAGUCCCACCGACCAACGGUCGACAUUCAACGCAAUUGUCGAUGGAACGUCCUCUGACGCGCAUGCAAAGAAGAUCCGUCGAUCAACGGUCGACAUUCAAAGAAAAUGUCGAUGGAACGUCCUCUGACACGAACGCAAAGAAGACCUGCGACGUACCGUCGAAGUUCAGAGGAAAUUUCUUUGCAAAUGUCCCUCAAAACAUUUACGAAAAACCACCCCCGGACAUACCGUCGACUUUGUCGCUCAGUUGUCCCGAUUGUCCUUAUUGCUAG